AGGAAGCGGGCGGUGCUAACGGCCGUCGCGCGGUCCCUCCUCUCGCUCCUCCUCGGGGGUCGCCGCCAUGGUGCUGGAGAGCCUGGCGCGCAUCGUUAAGGUUCAGCUGCCUGCCUACCUCAAGCGCCUGCCUUUGCCCGAGAGUGUUGGCGGCUUCCUCCGCCUCACAGUUUCAGAAUGGCUGCGGUUAUUGCCUUUCCUGGGUGUGCUGGCCUUGCUUGGGUACCUCGCUGUUCGUCCGUUCCUUCCCAAGAAGAAACAGCAAAAAGAUAGUUUGAUUAACCUCAAGAUCCAGAAGGAAAAUCCAAAAGUAGUGAAUGAAAUAAACAUCGAAGAUCUGUGUCUCACUAAAGCUUAUUGCAGGUGUUGGCGUUCUAAGACGUUCCCUGUCUGUGAUGGCUCUCAUAACAAGCACAAUGAAUUAACAGGAGAUAAUGUAGGACCACUAAUACUCAAGAAGAAAGAAGUAUAGCAAAUUCUUAAUCCAUUUGCUCAUGACCGAUGAGUCUUUUAUACCACUGUAGUUGCAAGGAGCAGCAUUUUAUUAUUAUAUGAUUGGUAUGAUUUAGUCCAGUGAUUGCUAUAGAUUUUUUUUGAGAUAAACUACAUUUAGACAGUGCUAGAUCUGUCACUGUUUUGAUACUUUAUUCUAAGAAUUAUUAUGUCUGCUUUGUAAAACUGUAAAGUAACUAUUUCUGUAAAUAAGUCAUUUGUUUCAACAAUAAAAUGACUUCCUGCAGUUAAGCCUUUUUUGUAUGAACAUGCAGUAACAAAAGCGUUGCUAUUUCUAGGUAAGCAGGUCAACCAGUAAUGUUGCCCCUUUAUUCGGGGCCCAUUCGUCAUUCAUGUGCAUGUAAGGAAGCUCUUUGAAAAUUCACUUGCACUGCAGAUGCUAUUUCUUUUAGCAGGGACAGUCAUAGGAGGAGUUGGCUAAAUGACAGAACCAAGAAAGUGAAGUAAAACUGUGUUCUUGGUUUGUUACUGACUCAUUAGUAGGGCAAGUCAGAACUUUGCUGUGGUAUGGCAUUGCUUCAGUUAUAGGUAAAUAAUUGCUACUUAUUCAGCUGUUAGACUCCACACUAAUUCUUCUAACAUGCUUUAUUCUUUAAUGAAAGACUGCUUGUUUAAAAGUAGAACUUUAGAUGCAUGCCCCAAUUUUAGACAAUUGUCUGAAGGGAAGAUUUUCACUAUUCUUUAACAAGUAUUUCAUUUGACCUGUUCUUAGGUAAGAGGGGAAGCCCCACAGCAGCACACUGUUGCCAAAGCUUAUCAGCCCAGCGCUGAAACAGAAAGUGAGUCAGGAAGCAGUUUCACACAGUGGCUGUCAAAGCAGCAGUGGGACUAACAGAGACAGUCCCUGCAUUUUUAACAGGUGUGGUUCUAGAUGCUAAAAGCUCUUACCACACAACAAACUGUGGCAGAUUAGGAUGUGACUGCGGGUUAAAUAACUGCUUUUUACAAAGUGUACUGAAACCACAGUACAAUCUAUUUAAAUGUUUCAUGGGAACCUUAUCCUAAUGGAUGAAAGCAGCCCGUAAACACUAUUGUAUUAGGAUCUAACACUUAGAGGAAGAACAGUAAUAUAAAUAUCUUGUACUGUGCUCUGUUUUCACUCUUAGCAUUAUUAGCAGUAUACUGAAUGCUAGGUUCAAUUUUUGGGUUUCGUGGAAAAAGUGCUAGAUGAAAUAGAAAAACUCACAGCCAUUACAGCAAUUAUUCUAUACAAGUCACUAUGUACUUCCAGCUUCUAUCAGGAUACUCUCACAUUCAAAUAAUUUAAUUGCUUUCUAUAUACAGCAGUCCUCUUUUCUGUUGUUCCACUUAGACAAAUGCUGCUGGGGUAAGUGGUACAGCAGAAGUGACUUUUGUCCACAAAUCUCCUUUAAAAAAUGACAAUGUAAUGUUUAGCCUCUUGACUCCACCUCUCGCACAAUUUGAUUAUGUACUUGUUUUUUCCCCUGCUUUUCGUUUGAUGAAACUACUGCUAAACUACCUGCAACUGGCUACAGAACCACAUGGUGUUUGGUUUGUUUUUGCUUAUGUCUCUAUGGGAGUGGAACGCAUAUGAAGUAUAGUUAUAUAGUAUAUGUUAUGCGUAAGUUUAGCAACAACAGUGCUCACAGUUCCUUUUUAGAAAGGACAUCUUACUUAUUUCUACAAGACAGUCAUCUAUCUUGCUUACAAUCUGUUUUACUAUUUCCCCACAUUUCAAAAUGAAUCUGUGAAGGGAAAACUGCCUUAUGUGGCUACACUUAAAGUCAAGGUGAACCCCAUCUUCAUGGUGGUUUUGGAGCGGCCUUAGGUGCAGCAAAGAGCCCUAACAAGGGGAUUGUGCAUUCUUGUAGAGUAGUUUUCAUACCAUACCAUACAUAUGUUCAUAGUAAUGACAUUAAAAGGCAUUAAAAAUCCCUUCAUUUUCUGCAAUUGCUGCCUGUAAAAGUACAGCUGUAAAACUGAAGUAAACAAAAGCUUAACAACAUUGGCUGUAGUGUUUUGACUGUAGGAAUUUCAAACCAAGAAUUGUUCUGCUUUUGUUCAUCAAAGUAAGAGUUUUGUUUCAGCCUACCUGCCAGGUAAAAACAGCUGUGUAAUGGAUUCACAUCCUAUCAGUCUGAGAAGGGCAGCAAAAUGCAUCCCGAGAUGAAGGAAGAUACCGGAGCCUUUAUCAUCCUCUCUGAUUUCAAGAGUCCAUGGAAGUUAGGUGUCUGUACCUGCACUCACUAAGUAAAUGAGAUUUUCUUGGACUGCUGAGUUCACAACACUGAAUACGACUGGCUUAUCUGAGCCUGUGCUGUUUGCAAUUUGGAUUCUUCAUCUGCAAGCCAAAUGCAAGAAGUUUCACUCUUAAUUUAAUGUGAUGUCCUUUGGAAGACAGAUGAAAAAAAAAUAAAAAAAAAUUGCUGAAUUUGUUCA